AUGACUCAGCCGGAUUCUCUGGCUUACUCGCAGCAUCAGACCCAGCAGGUGUCAUCAAAUGCGGUAAAAGAUCCCACAAAGACGAAGAUCCAGGAGUGUAUCAAUAAAAAGCGCCUUGAAGCUGCACGAAUAUCG